AUCAAUAUCAAUAAAAUAAUAUUAAUAGAGAAUAGAAGAGUCAGGAGAGAAAGAGAUAGUGUUCAGACAAAGAAUAUGAAAUUGGAAUGAGUGAGGAAGACAUAGGAAAGGGGAAGGAGAAAGCAAAGAAAAGAAAACAGUAUAGUUAACUGAGGUCUGACGCAGCCCAUCACCCCAUUUCCGACCGCCACGCCACCCUUUCUUUGGCAGCGCCGCCUAUCUGCGCACUGCUUACUGGGCCAUUCCCUAUUAUAUUUGUCUCUCCUCGAUAGCCUAGCUACAUAUCACUUACUUAAAUUCCUUGUUCCCUCUCUUUUACGAUCCCUUUUGACUGUAUAUUUUGCUGGUCUUAUUAGGCCACCACAAUUUCUUUGGCUGUCACAAAACCCACAUUAAAGAGUACAGAAUCAAGGUUUUGGGUGGGUUUCUUUGGCCAUUAAUCUGCUGCGUAUUGGUUUUAUCUGCUAUUUCACGCAAUUCUGAUGACCCUGGCCUGAUGAUGAAUCAGGUGAAGCAACUUGGGGUUUUCACUUGUCCUUUUCUUUUGUUUUAUGUUUUCUUCCUGGAUUGGUGUGAGUGUGUGAGAUGGGACCGAACCUGAACAGACCCAUUUCUCUAUAAUCGACUGUACUGUCACUGAACCAACAAACCUCCCAGUUCUCUUUUCUUCUUUACCUGUUAAAAAUCUCUUCUCAUUCUCUUCUCUUUCUAUCUCUCUUCACUCCAGAUUGAGACCUUUCUUUAGUGGACGUUGUCCACGCCCGACACUUGUACAUCUCUUCUUUCUCCUUCUCGUAAAGCAGUGGAGAUUCUCUAGAGCCAGAGGCUGACACGUAGUAGAGUUAUCACACAGCUCUAUAUCUGAAACGCCUCUCCUACAUCUCUCAGGUCUCAUUCCAAAGCCUGCAUGUACCAAACCCAACACCAAAACCAAAGCAAACCCAAAAUCCUGAUUGCAUAUCAGAUUAACAAAAAAAAUAAUUAAUAAAUCAGUAACAGCACCAACAUCUGAAAGAAGACUAUAUAGGUAUACUGAUGCAGCAAGAUAGAGGAGGGUGUGAUCAAGACAUGAAGCAGAACCAACAGCAAGAUCGAAGAUUGAAGCCGUUGACGGGCGAGAAUCAACAGCCGCAGCAGCAACAACAGCACCCACCUCAAAAUUGUCCUCGUUGUGAGUCGCUUAAUACAAAGUUUUGUUACUACAACAAUUACAGUCUCUCACAGCCUCGUUAUUUCUGCAAGUCUUGUAGAAGGUACUGGACUCAAGGUGGAACCCUAAGGAACGUGCCUGUGGGAGGUGGAUGCAGGAAAGGGAAGCGCACAAGGAUUUCUUCUGGUGAAAAUUCAAGGUCUCAGCCACAGAUACCUCAGCAACAAAACCUGACAUCACCACAAACUAUGUUCUCUUCUAAUCCAAUGAUCAACGUAAGUUCUGCUUUGAGAACCAAAGAGUCUGGUAGUUUUGCUUCAUCAUCUGCUAUUUCUUCAGUGGGAUCGUUUUAUCCUGGUGGUGGGUUCUUGUCUUCUUUGGCGGCAAUUCAGUCAAUGAACCAACCGCAACCUUUUAAUCAACCUCUCAGUCAGGCUCUAAGUAUUGCCGGUGACUUGGUUGGUUCUUCAACUUUGGGUCUUUUGCAGGGGUAUAGUGUCCCUUCUUCGUUUGGGUCACAACAGCAUCGGCCAAUUCAGCAAACCCGAUUCUUUCAAACCGGUAAUAGAGAUCAAAAGACUGUAAAUAUGUACCCAUCUGAUCAAGAGGGCUUGAUUCAGUCUAGCAGGUCUGCUGGAGGCAAUUCUUCUCAGCAGAAUUGGCAUCAAAGUUUCGUCAAUAAUAGUAACCCUACAGUCUCUGAAGCAGCUUUAUGGAGUAUCAACAACAACAGCAGCACAAGCACCGCUGGCAACACUAACAUCAGCAACACCACAGGUGGUUCUUUGAAUCCGAAUCAAUGGCCUGAUCUUCGAGGUUAUGGUGCUCCAUAGUGUUUUUUUUCUUCAGUACAUCCCCUUCAAAAAGAAAAAGCCUAAAGGUGGAAAGCUUAAUAACUCUAAAAGGAAAUUUUUUUGCCUAUUGUAUACAAAAAGCCAUUGAACCUCACAUAUGACAUACCUAAUUAUUGUCUGUUAAGCUGCUGUUGUUGUGUUUCGUUUUAACUUGAGGAAAAUUUUGGAAUGUGGGUGUUCGUUCCUGUAAAUGGAAGAAUAGCGGCAAAUAGCCAUUUGUUUUUAUCUUAUAGAGACAUAUUCUGAGUUGGGUUUGGGUUGUUUUUGAAUUUUUGAUAUUUUAAGGGGACUAUAAAUUUCUUGUUUGAGCUUUUGUUUGAUCGUUUUACUUCUGCUUUGUUGGUGCGUAAAAAGAUCCAAUUAGUUCCCAUUUAAAAAAACAAAAAAGCGAGUGACUUUACUUUGUAGUUAAGUAGGGUUUUG